AUGAGCUCAGAACAUCUCGCGAGAACACACAGAGAGCUGGUGAGCUGUGUGGGAUGGACGAGUGCUGAUGAGCUGUACUCCUGCAGCGAUGACCAUCAGAUUCUGCGGUGGAACCUGCAGAGCAACGACACCAGUGUGCUGGUCCAUCUCCAGGAGCACAUCUACCCCCUGGACCUGCACUGGCCCCCCCGCAGCCUGAGCGGCAGGAAGCAGGCCGCGGCCGACAGCUUCGCCCUCACCAGCACUGACGGUAAACUCCACCUGGUGUCUAGAUCUGGACGUGUGGAGAAGAGCGUGGAGGCCCACAGAGGAGCUGUGCUCGCUGGACGCUGGAAUCAUGACGGGACGGCUCUUAUCACAGCUGGUGAAGACGGACAGCUGAAGAUCUGGUCUAAGAGUGGGAUGCUGAGGUCUACUCUGGCCCAACAAGGGACUCCGGUGUACUCCGUGGCGUGGGCUCCAGACUCAGGACGGGUUCUGUACACAUCGGGUCGACAGCUGGUGAUCAAACCACUGCAGCCCAGCGCUAAAGUCCUGCAGUGGAGAGCUCAUGACGGAGUCAUUCUGAAGGUGGACUGGAGUGCUGUCAAUGAUCUCAUACUGUCAGGAGGAGAAGACUGCAAAUAUAAGGUGUGGGACAGCUACGGCCGGCUGCUCUUCUCCAGCUCAGCUCAUGAUUACCCCAUCACCUCAGUGGCCUGGGCUCCAGACGGAGAGCUAUUCGCCAUGGGCUCCUUCCACACACUCAGACUGUGUGAUAAGACCGGGUGGUCGUACUCUCUGGAGAAGCCCAGCACAGGAAGUCUGUUCAGUCUGGCCUGGUCUGCAGAUGGCACUCAGCUGGCCGGAGCCUGUGGGAACGGACAUGUGCUGUUCGCUCACGUCGUAGAGCAGCGCUGGGAGUGGAGGAACUUUGAGAUCACACUCACUAAGAGACGCACUAUGCAGGUCAGAAACGUGCUGAAUGAUGCAGUGGAUGUUCUGGAGUUCAGAGAUCGGGUCAUCAAAGCGUCACUGGCUCACGGUCAUCUGGUGGUCACCACCUCUCUGCAGUGUUACAUCUACAGUGCUAAGAACUGGAACACGCCGCUGAUCUUUGACCUGAAGGAGGGAACGGUCAGUCUCAUCAUGCAGGCCGAGAGGCACUUUCUGUUGGUGGAUGGAGCAGAGCUGUUUGUGUACUCGUAUGAGGGCCGUUUGGUGUCGUCUCCCAAGAGUCCCGGGUUGAGAAUGGACAUCCUGAGCUCUCAGUCCAUCUCUCUGAGCAACGACAGCAUGGCCAUACGAGACACGAGCGAUGAACGAGUCAUCUUUCUGUUCGAGGCUCAGACGGGAAAAGCCAUUGGUGAUGGCAAACCUUUGACCCACAAGAUAGAGGUGGUGUUCGUCGCGCUGGAUCAGUGUGGCUCGUCCAGUGACAGAAGGAUCGCACUGAUCGAUAGGAACCGUGACCUCUACCUGACCUCUGUGAGGAAGCUGGGCCGAGCGCACAGCAUGCACAAGAUCGGGUCGAUGGUGGACACUAUGGCCUGGAACGACUCGGCUAACAUCCUGUGUGGGAUCCAGGACAGCCGCUUCACAGUCUGGUAUUAUCCUAGCGUGGUGUUUGUGGACAAAGACCUGCUGCCCAAAACCAUCUUCAGCAGAGACAGCAGUGAGUUCAGUCGUCCUCCUCAGAUGGUGAGCUAUGAGGGCAGUCAGGUGACGGUCAGACGGGUGGACGGCUCUCUGGUGCGCAGCGCCGUGUCACCGUACCCCAGCUUACUGCACGAGUACACCGGCAGCGGUCGCUGGGAGGACGCACUCCGCAUCUGCCGCUUCGCCAAGGAUCAGACGCUCUGGUCGUGUCUGGCCGGUUUGGCGAUGGCCAAUAGGGAGCUGAGCACAGCAGAAGUGGCGUACGCAGCUAUAGGAGAGAUUGAUAAAGUGCAGUACAUCAACUUCAUCAAGGAUCUUCCGUCGAGAGACUCGUGUGUGGCUCACAUGCUGCUCUUCAGUGGACACGUGCAGGAGGCCGAGGCCACUCUACUGCAGGCCAACCUCAUUUACCACGCCAUCCAGAUACACAUCAACCUCUACAGCUGGGACAGGGCUCUGGAGCUGGCGGUGAAGCACAAAACUCACGUGGACACAGUGCUCGCUCACAGACAGAAGUUCCUGCAGGACUUUGGAAAGCAGGAAACCAACAAGAGGUUCCUGCAGUACUCUGAGGGGGUGGAAGUGGACUGGGAGAAAAUACAGGCUAAAAUUGAAAUGGAGUUUGCCAUGGAGCGGGAAAAAGCAGCCAACUCAUCCGUCAGAAGCAGUGUUUCCAUUCGCAGAUAAACACACACCUGUAAUGUAGUGCAGGUGAACUGAGGCCUGGGUUCCCUGUGGCUAACUCUCACA